AUGGAUAAGACAGGUGAUGAUAGAGAACUUAGGGAUAGAUUACCUCAGAGAGUCUGGCAUGGAACUUCAUAUAAAGUUGAGGUAUGUUGAGAUAAUUGCUUGAGAUAAUGAGUUAUAUUGUUAUUCUAAUGAGUUUCACAGCCAUCUUCCCUUCGAUAGGAUCAACCUCGCAAGCCAGGGUCUUUUACCGCCGUGCGGAAGUAAAAGACCCUGGCUUGCGAGGUUGCGAUAGGAUUUGCUCAGACACGAUUGCGUUUCUCAAUCCUAUUAUUUGCCAUCAAAUAUUUGAGUAUUAUAUAAGAUUAUUUUCUCACUCUGAUAACUGCAGGUGGACCAGCAUCUGCUUUUACGAUAAUGUUUAGUGUGAAACCUUCCAGACACAAAUGCAUGCAGUUUACAUUUAAAAUCGUGAAAAAAUGUUCCGUUAAUAUAAUACUCAAUUUUUUCAAUAGGAAGUGGGAGGCAUUGACUUCAAUCCAGAGCUAUCAAGACUAGUCAGUCACGCUGGAAGUCUGGGGAGAGUUUCUCCAAACCCAAAUACCCGACUCCGCUCUAGAAAUGGCAGUAAAUCUUCCACUAGUGACGCUAUCUCAACUACUGACGUCGUGCCUAGUGAUGAUGUCACAUCAACAUCUGACGUCAUCAAUAAUGAGGUCAUAUCUAAUAGUGACGUCAUUUCAGCGAAUGACGUCAUCUCAGGACAACCACGCGAGACAGAAGGAUUGAAGGAACCUGAAAUGACAAUGUUGUGA